AUGAGUUAUAAUUCAACAAGCACCAUCAUCACUCGUCUAACCGUAAAAUAUCAAAUAAAUUGUGCUGUUCAAUGUGCAAAUCAUUUUGCCAAUUGCACUACUGCUGUAUUUGAUAGUUUGAGUAUUCCUCAAUGUACGCUAUAUAGUGGAAGAUUAUCAACAGCGAAUCUUACCGUGUCGAUGAAUACAAUAGUUUAUGACUUUCAACAGAGCAAUUUAACAGCUACUCCGAUCUUAGAUCGUUGGAAUAAAACGGGUAUCACUGUAGCUGGUGCGAGUAAUGGUUCUGUAGGCAAAGCACCUAAUCUGCUCUCUACUCCAUAUGGCAUCACAUUAGGUUCAUUUAACUCACUUUAUAUUGCCGAUCUUAACAACAAUCGCAUACAAAAAUGGAUGAUCAAUGCAUCGACUGGUACAACGAUGGCUGGUCUCUCAAAUGGAACCUAUGGUACAAGCUCAGUUGCUUUAGACUCGCCUGUCAGUGUUGUGCUUGAUUCUAAUGAUAAUAUGUAUUUUACAGAUAGAAAUAAUCAUCGAGUUGUAUAUUGGGCAAAUGGUGCAUCAUCUGGCACUACGAUUGCUGGUAUUGCAGGUACCUCAGGAUCUACAAAUAAUACUCUCUUUGGUCCAACUAGUAUAGUCCGUGACUCAAGCACGGGUACACUUUACAUAGCGGAUACACUCAAUAAUCGGAUAAUGAAAUAUCUUGUGAAUGCUACUUCGGGUACAGUAGUUGCUGGUGGGAAUGGUCCAGGAACCGGUAUUACACAAUUGUACAAUCCAAUUGGUUUGGCUUUUGAUUCGUCCUCAAAUAGUUUUUUAAUUGCUAAUUAUCUAAGUAAUACUAUUGUUCGUUGGGUGUUAGGUGCAAGUAGCUGGACACUCGUCAUUGGUAGUCCCACUGGAUUAAGUGGUAGCACAUCGACACUUCUCAAUCAACCAGUCGGUAUCGCAUCAGAUCCAAUGGGAAAUAUCUAUGUAGCUGAUUCGGGAAAUCAUCGCAUUCAAUUCUUCUUUGCAGGCCAAUCCAACGGCACAACCAUCGCUGGCGUCACAGGUUCAUCUGGCAUUAGUCAGAAUCAAUUAAAUUCUCCCUAUUGGGUCAUAGUUGAUAAUCAACUGAACUUAUAUGUAUCCGAUACUUCUAACAAUCGGGUUCAAUUUUUUUCACAUUUAUAA